AUGGAGAACUCAAAAUCUGAUAACAAAAACGAAGGGAAGACCAGCAGCACAGCCGACGACUUAGAAAACCCUAGCAAUUCCAAUAAUGUUUCUUCAACUACAGUAGUAGAAGCGGUCGGAGGAGGUGAAUCUAACAUUGAAGUGGUUAAUGGUACUAGAAAUGAGAAUAAUGAAAGUAGCCGGUCAUCUGGAAGAACUCCGUUCACUAACCUCAGCCAAAUCGAUGCCGAUCUCGCUCUCGCCCGUACUUUGCAAGAACAGGAAAGGGCAUAUAUGAUGCUGCGAAUGAAUGAUGAUGGGAGUGAUUAUGGAAGUUCGGAAGUUGGAAGCUAUAUGCAUGAGGUCAAUGACGAUGAUUUCGAUAAUCCUAGUGAAGAAGAGGAUUAUGAUGGUAUUGAAGCAGACGAUGAUGAAGAUGUGUUUGAUGUGCAUGCAAAUGCUGAAGCUGAAGAGGAGGAUAAUGAUAACCUAGGUGUUGAAUUAGACCCUUCUGCGUUUCCAAGCGAUGAGUUGUAUGCUAGAGCCCUGCAAGACGCUGAAGAUCGAGAAAUGGCUUCUAGAUUGUUGGCCCUUGCUGGGAUUAAUGGAAGAGAAGCAGAGGAUACAGAGGUUCAUGGUGGCGUUUCUCAGGUGCAGUAUUGCUUUUAG